AUGGUUCAAAGCUAUACCCGGUUAGAGCUUAGCUCUACAUUCGGCAUUGUGUCUAGCAAUACCAAUGUUGUCCACGUUGCAGGAUCUAGUGCAGGUACAGCUAUUGUAGGAGCCGCAGAGGCUGUGCAGGUCUGGGACCUGAAAAAGUCUGAACUUGUACAUCGCUUCGUAGAACCCGCUCUGCAGCAGGGGAGAGUCCAGGUGCAAAGACUUGCCUAUGAACCCAUUUCGAGUCUUAUUGCUGCUGGUUACAGUGAUGGGUCUAUUCGGGUGUGGGAUAUGCAUAGCGGUGCCUGCUUGAUCACGUUUAAUGGCCACAAGUCAGGUAUCUCCGCGCUGACCUUUGAUCAGUCAGGAACCCGACUGAUUUCGGGCUCGUUUGAUACAAAUGUCGUGGUAUGGGAUUUAGUUGAAGAAACUGGUCUGUUCAGACUCCGUGGUCACCGAGGCCCUGUUACUGCUGUUGUUUUACUCUCGGAUCAGUGGCUGGUUUCCACGGCCAAAGAUGGUGUCAUGAAACUCUGGGAUCUUGAAACUCAGUUUUCUGUAGAGUCUCAUGUUGCUCAUAAAUCUGAAUGCUGGGGUGCUGUUGCAAGUACUCAUGAAAAGCGACUAUUCACAGUCUCCAACACUGCAGAGAUCAACGUCUGGGCCAUCGAUCUGGACGAUCAAACAAACCACCGGUUUAGUCUUGAGGGGUCUUUGGAAAAGCAGUCCAAGCAUCGUGCCGUUGACGUCAAAUAUUCAAAUGAGCAGCUCAUCGUCGCUACCGCUGAUGCAGUACAGUCCUGGAGACUACGUUCAGCGGAGGAGCAGAAAAAGGCCCUCAGAAGAAAGGAGAAGCGAGCAGCAAAGAAGAAAGAUACGAAUGAGGAUAUUUCUUUGACCAUUUCAGAUAUUUAUGUUCCUACUAGCAUUGUCCGCCCCAAGGGCAAGGUGUGCGGCAUCGACACUCUGGAUAAGCCCAACCAGAUCGUGGUGAACCUGGCCAACAACUCCAUCGAGACUUGGCCACUCACGGAAAAUCCGGAACGUAUUUACGCGAUUGAGCUGCCCGGAACCCGUACUGAUGUGCGUGACGUUUGUUUGAGUGCAGACAACAAGCUUUUGGCAGCUGGAAGCAACGGUCAGAUCAAGAUCUUCAACUCUCGCACAAACUCUUGCUUGCGUACUUUGACAGGUACUGGUUAUAUCAUAGCUAUUAGGUUCCUACCUGGAGAUGCUCUGGUUGUUGCUGGCACCAAAGAGGGCAACCUUGAGCUCUACGAUAUUACCACUUCAUCACUGAUCGGGAUAUUCCCUGCCCAUGAAGGAUCAGUGUGGAGCAUGGAUGUUGCGACAGAUGGAAAGAGUCUGGUCACAGGUGGUGCAGAUAAAACUGUAAAGUUCUGGGAGUUCAGAAUCGUUCAAGAAGAAGUGCCCGGUCACGAAGGGGUUACAGUGCCCAAAAUGACUUUGAAAAAUACCCACAAAAUCGAGUUCUCUGAUGAUGUGCUUGCUGUAAAACUGUCUCCCGAUGGAAAGCUUGUCGCUGCUUCUCUUUUGGACAAUACCAUCAAGGUCUACUACAGGGAUACACUCAAGUUUUUCUUGAAUCUUUACGGACAUCAGCUUCCUGUUCUUUCUCUUGAUAUUUCUCACGAUUCUAAAGUACUGAUUUCGAGUGCUGCAGACAAAAAUAUAAAGAUCUGGGGUCUUGAUUUUGGUGAUUGCCACAAGUCUAUCUUCGCACACGACGACUCUGUUCUUCGUGUUAUGUUCGAGCCUCAGACUCACUACUUUUUCUCUUGUGGUAAAGAUGGCCUAGUGAAAUACUGGGACGGACGUAAGUUUACACAAAUUCAAAAGCUUCAAGGUCACUUUGGCGAGGUUUGGGCUCUUGCUGUUGCAAAUGAUGGAACCUUCGUGGUGUCUGCCUCUCACGAUAAGACUAUCCGUUUAUGGGAAAUGACCGACGAGCCCCUGUUCAUCGAAGAAGAGCGUGAAAAUGAACUCGAACAGCAAUACGAAGAAAAUCUCGUAGAGUCUCUAGACCGGGAUCUGCAACAGGACCAAGAUGGUGAUGAGACCGAGGGCACAGGCCAAGCUGUGUCCAAACACACCAUCGACUCUUUGAAAGCUGGUGAGAAGCUAUUUGAGGCCUUGGAUAUUUGUAUAACAGAUUUGGAGAGCAAACCAAAUCCGAGACAUGUCAUUUUGGCUACGUUAAAUGUUGAUCCCGAACGAUAUCUUAUGGACGUUUUACAGAAGAUCAAACCUGCCUUGGUAGAAGAUGCUCUACUAACAUUCCCUCUGGACAAGGUGACGGGAUUAUUCAAGUUCAUCCAUAUUUGGAUUGAGAAAAAGUGGAACUUGCCUUUGGUGACACGCGUUUUGCUUUUCUGCCUUCGCAACUUUCACCGUCAGAUUGUGGCCAAUCGCAUGAUGGAGCCUGAAAUGCAACAGCUCAGAGACUCUCUGAGAUCUGCGCUCACAAAUGUCAGCGAUAUGCUCGGCUUCAACUUUGCCCAGAUGAAAUAUAUACAAGAUAUGUGGGAUACCGACCACAUCAAGGGCUUUGAGGAUGAUAGCAGCUCAAAUGGGUCUGGCGUUAAACGAGUAUUUCCCACAGCUGGUUUGUGA